CACACCUCUCUGGUUUCCCACGCAUUAUAUAAGAGAGAUGAAACCAAGUUUACUGAGAGCACAUCAAUCUCUUAAUAAGUAUUUCCUUUUUUUCUUUUUUUCAAUUUUCGCCGAAAGAAAAGAAGAAAAUAAAAAUAAAAAAAGGUAUUUACUUUUUGAGUUUCACUACACUAGAAACAUCUCUGAACCUGUUCUGUCUCAGCAGCAAAAACCUUGAGGCUUCUUUUAUCUUUCUUUUCUCUGUGAUCUAAAUUCUCCUCGAGUGAAUCUGGGAAACGAGCAAGCUCCAAUUAGUUUUCCUUAAGGUUUCAAGCUCUCUGUUCCAAUGCUGCUUCCGAGAUGGUUUGCAGAAGCGUUCUUGCUCCUAAUUUCAAUUCUUGCGUGUUCAAACGCUGCAUUCAUUGGCGUGAACAUCGGAACUGAUGUCACUAACAUGCCAUCGCCUUCAGACAUCGUAGCGCUUCUUAAUUCACAACAAAUCACACACGUCCGUCUCUACGAUGCCAAUAGCCAUAUGCUCAAGGCAUUCGCCAACACUAGCAUUGAAGUUAUGGUCGGUGUAACCAACGGAGAAAUCCUCAAAAUUGGACGGUUCCCUUCAGCAGCAGCUGCAUGGGUUAACAAGAACGUUGCUGCUUAUGUUCCUUCAACUAACAUAACUGCCAUUGCUGUUGGCAGCGAAGUUCUCAGCGCGGCUCCUCACGUUGCCCCAAUUCUUGCCUCGGCUCUACACAACAUUCACAAGGCUCUUGUGGCUUCCAAUCUCAACUUUAAGGUCAAAGUUUCCAGCCCUAUGUCUAUGGACAUAAUGCCUAAACCGUUUCCUCCAUCUACAUCCACCUUUAGCCCGUCGUGGAACACAACUGUUUACCAGCUUCUCCAGUUUCUGAAGAACACCGAUUCCUUUUUCAUGUUAAACGCGUAUCCUUACUACGGUUACACCGCUGCUAAUGGGAUUUUCCCGCUCGAUUACGCGUUGUUCAAGCAGCUUUCUUCGGUGAAGCAGAUCGUUGAUCCAAACACGCUUUUACAUUACAACAGCAUGUUUGAUGCUAUGGUUGAUGCUGCGUACUACUCCAUGGAAGCUUUGAAUUUCUCCAAAAUUCCUGUUGUUGUCACUGAAACAGGCUGGCCUUCAGCUGGUGGAAGCGAUGAAGCUUCUGCAACACUCGCUAACGCAGAGACAUUCAACACUAACUUGAUCAAGAGAGUGUUGAACAACUCAGGUCCUCCUAGCCAACCAGACAUGCCGAUCAACACUUACAUCUACGAGCUUUACAGUGAAGACAAACGAUCAGGACCAGUCUCUGAAAAAAACUGGGGGAUUUUGUUUCCAAAUGGGACAUCUGUUUAUCCUCUCAGCUUGAGUGGUAGCUCUAACUCUGCAUCUCUAAACGGUUCAUCGAUGUUCUGUGUGGCUAAAGCAGAUGUUGAUGAUGAUAAGUUGGUUGACGGUUUGAAUUGGGCGUGUGGUCAAGGCCAAGCUAACUGUGCUGCGAUUCAACCGGGUCAUCCUUGCUAUCUGCCUAACAAUGUUAAGAGCCAUGCUUCUUUUGCUUUCAAUGACUAUUACCAGAAGAUGAAAAGUGCUGGUGGAACUUGUGACUUUAGUGGUACGGCCAUUACCACUACUAGAGAUCCCAGCUAUAAAACAUGUGCGUACACAGGAAGCUUAAGCGCAAACGCAACUGGAGGAGACUUUCCUCCGAGUGCGUUAGGACCCGUAAGUCCAUUGGGAGGAAACGCAAACGCACUUAUCACCUCUAGCUACUACCAUCUACCCUUAUUGGCACCACUAGCUCUCACGCUACUACAACUGCUACUACUUCAGCACAACCGCCUUCUGUAGAGCGUUUGUCAAAACACGGUUUUGUAGUAACCGGAGAAAUCUACUAGCUGCUUGGUUAUUUUGCCUGUUGUUGUACUUCGGUUUAGUGUAAGUGUAGUAACUAGAGACCAGAGAGAGCUCACAAGUUCCCAUUCUUUGUCUUCAUCUUUGACCUUAAAAAAAUCUUCGAAUUACUGUGAUUUACUAUAUUUCAUAUUUAAAUGAAUCAUUAUUACAAUAUAUUGAGAUAUAUCAGAAAGAGCUUGCAAACG